AUGAACGAAUCAAGCUCUAGUCGAGCUGCAGGACGGCCGUACGACCAAAUCUAUAACUCAGGAAAGCCAAACCUACUGGGAAACGGAGUUCAAAGUAACACUGUGCCCGACAACAACAAUAAUAAUAAUAAUAAUAUCAGUAGCAGUAAUACUACCACCACCACUACCGCAAACAACAGUAGUCACAGUAACGAGACUUCCACCGCUGAUGUGACGAUGCAGGGAAAUAUACCAAAAGAAUCACCAAACUCAACGAAUUUGAGUAAAAAAGUAUCUAGACAUGCAUAUCGAGAUACCACAACAAAGGGCAAGUAUAGUUUGAACGAUUUUCAAAUUUUAAGAACGUUGGGAACUGGAUCUUUUGGGCGGGUGCAUUUGACGAGGUCCAUACACAAUGGGCGAUUCUAUGCCAUGAAAGUGUUGAAGAAAGAAAGGGUUGUGAAUAUGAAACAAGUUGAGCAUACGAAUGAUGAGCGAAGGAUGCUCAAGCUUGCCCAGCAUCCAUUCAUCAUUCGAAUGUGGGGUACCUUCCAUGAUUGCCACAACUUAUUUAUGAUUAUGGAUUAUAUUGAAGGGGGUGAGUUAUUUUCGUUAUUGCGAAAGUCGCAACGGUUCCCUACGCCGGUGGCCAAAUUCUAUGCUGCCGAGGCCUUUUUGGCGAUUGAGUAUUUGCACGAUUUAGACAUUAUUUACCGUGAUUUGAAACCCGAAAACAUUUUGCUUGAUAAAAAUGGACACAUAAAGUUGACCGAUUUUGGUUUUGCCAAGGAAGUCGCAGAUGUGACGUACACGCUAUGUGGUACUCCAGACUAUAUUGCGCCUGAAGUUGUAGCGACAAAGCCUUACAACAAAUCAGUGGACUGGUGGUCGUUUGGAAUAUUAAUCUUUGAGAUGCUUACUGGGUACACGCCAUUCUACGACCCAACACCUAUGAAGACGUAUGAGAAUAUAUUGAAUGGAACGAUAACAUAUCCCGACUAUUUGCCACCUGAUAUUUUAGAUCUUUUGCAGAAAUUGAUUGUGAAGGAUUUGACUCAGCGAUUAGGUAAUUUGCAAGGAGGAUCCAGUGAUGUGAAGAACCAUCCAUGGUUUAAAGAAGUGAUUUGGGAGAGACUACUAUCAAGGGAUAUCGAGACACCAUACGAGCCGCCGAUUACCUCGGGAGUGGGUGAUACUUCGCAAUUUGAUCGAUACCCCGAGGACAAGGAUUUGGAUUAUGGAAUAAGCGGAGUCGAGGACCCAUACCAACAUUUCUUUGAGGACUUUUAA